CAAAAUCAACCAAUCAGGACAAAGAUACAACAAACCUAACCUCAAUAAAAAGCGCCGCAGUAAACUGCACGUGUUCGUGUUUUAUGAUGGCGGAAUCAGAAACAAUAGUCAAAGAGAAGAAGCAUAAAAAAUCGAAGGAUAAACACCUUGGGGAAAUCCAAAAAUCGCAACAUUUCCAGUUGGAAGCUUCAGAUAAAAUAGUUAAAUUAGACACAUCUAAAUGGCCUUUACUAUUAAAGAACUUUGAUCAUCUCAAUGUGAGGACAAGCCAUUAUACCCCUUUACCCUAUGGAUCAUCACCUUUAAAACGUGAUAUAUCAGAAUACAUUAAAUGUGGUUUUAUUAACCUUGAUAAACCAAGCAAUCCCAGUAGUCAUGAGGUGGUUGCAUGGAUCAAGAGGAUUUUAAGAGUUGAAAAAACCGGACAUUCAGGAACUUUGGAUCCUAAAGUUACAGGUUGUUUAAUAGUAUGUAUCGACAGAGCAACACGUCUCGUAAAAUCCCAACAAUCGGCAGGAAAAGAAUACGUUUCUGUCUUAAAACUUUUCUCAGCAAUCGAUGGCGGUGUUCCAAAAGUAGUUCAAGCACUCGAAAGACUGCGCGGCGCUUUAUUCCAACGACCCCCAUUAAUAUCCGCUGUAAAACGACAACUCAGAGUGCGUACAGUUUACGACAGCAAGUUGUUUGAAUUUGAUGAAACGAGAAAUAUGGCUGUAUUUUGGGUAAGUUGUGAAGCUGGAUCUUAUAUCAGAACAAUGUGUGUUCAUUUGGGUAUGAUACUUGGUGUUGGUGGUCAAAUGGUUGAAUUACGUCGUGUUCGUUCUGGUAUUCAAACAGAAUUAGACAACAUGGCAACAAUGCAUGAUAUAUUAGAUGCUCAAUGGUUAUAUGAUAAUCAUAAAGAUGAAUCAUAUUUAAGACGUGUUAUUAAACCUUUAGAAGGGUUACUUAUAAAUCACAAAAGAAUUAUUAUGAAAGAUAGUUCUGUUAAUGCAGUUUGCUAUGGUGCUAAAAUCCUGUUACCGGGUAUUUUACGGUAUGACGAUAAUAUCGAAUUGAACCAAGAAAUUGUUAUUGUAACGACAAAAGGUGAAGCUGUCGCUUUAGCUGUAGCAUUAAUGACCACAGCCACAAUUGCCAGUUGUGAUCAUGGAAUUGUGGCGAAAAUAAAAAGGGUAAUAAUGGAACGGGAUACAUAUCCAAGAAAAUGGGGUCUUGGACCAAAAGCUAAACAAAAGAAAAUGUUAAUAGCUAAAGGUCAAUUGGAUAAAUAUGGCAAACCAAAUGAGAAUACCCCAAAAGAAUGGUUAAGUGGAUAUGUUAAUUGGGCUGUACCUGAACAAAAAGAAACAAAAGUACCCAAACAAGAAAUUGUAGAUGAUGAAGAAGAGGGUAGUAAAAAACGGAAGGUGAGUGCGACGGAAAAUGAAAGUGGUGAAGUUGAAACUACACCAAAAGAAAAAAAGAAAAAGAAAAGGAAGACGGUUGAAGAAGUGAGUGAAGUAGCUGCUGAAGAAACUCCUGCUUCCAGUGAAGAACCGGUUGAAAAAGAGAAAAAGAAGAAGAAAAAGAAAGAUAAAAAAAAGGAUUUGGAUGAAUAAUCUUGUUUUCUGAUUUAUUAUUUUAUCUUAAGCUGUAAUAAUGUUUCAAAAUCAAUCUAAAAGAAACAAUGGAAUAAGAAUUA